AUUUGCUGUUAUAAUAAGAACCACUCUUCUGGGACGGCAUAUCACUAGAUUUUGGGGCGUGGCUGAGGGGAUUUGUGUUCGUUCGGCUACGGGAGCGGUUUUGAGGACGGGUAUUGAUGUCCGGAUGUCGAGGAGGCUCUAGUUUCUGUUCAUCCCGAAGGUGUUCACUGGGGUCGAGGUCAGGGCUCUGUGCAGACCACUUAAGUUCUUCCACCCCAAUCUUAACACACCAUGUCUUCAUGGAGCUCACUUUGUGCACAAGGGCAUUGUGAUGCUGGAAUGAUGUUUGGGUCUCGUAAGUCCAGUGAAGGGAAAUGGUAACUCUACAUCAAACAAAGACAUUCUAUACAAUUGUGUGCUUCUGACAACAUUUAUAUAGCUCUUUACAUGUAUCCUCAACCGCCAUUAACGUGUAGCAUCCAUCUGCAUGAUAGGACUGCAACCAUAGUGUGCAAUAACCCCCACCACACACCAGCUAGUAGUGGAGUGGAGAGGAGAAGAGAGUGAUGGAGAUUAUGAACAGAUAAGGGCCAAUUUCGUCAGGGCACUGCGGUACAAUAAGGGUCCUGGGAUUUUUAAUGACUCACUUUGUUUUAAGUGCUGCUUUUACUAUACAGUGUCCCUAUACUGGGGAAUUAGGCCUCGCACAGGGGGAGUGUCCACGGCUUGUCUCGCUAAUAUCACUUCGAGCGGCAACCUUAGUUUUCCCCAGGAGGUCUCCCAUCCGGCUACUGGAUAGCUGGAUGGGAGACCUAGGCAGGAACUACAGGAAACCAGGCGAGAACUACAGGGAGAUAUGGCUCUUGCAUAUGACGACGUAGUAACGGUUUGGUGAAGAACCACAUAUGGAUGUGAUGUUCAUGAGUCCACAUACUUUUGACCAUAUAGUGUAUAUAGCUAUUACAUUAUAUAUCGUUAUUAUAAGUGUUAUAUUAAAUCUAUCAUUAGAGAGAACACAUAAUCAUGUUAUCUUGUUUAAUGAUUAUUUCUGUAUAGUACAUAUAUCCUGUAUCUCACGGGCUGCUCACAUCAAUUUAGACUCAAUUAAAUAAUCAAAAGUGCAUGUAUACAGACAUUUACAUCACCUGCGAUAUGCUGCUGUGUUUUCUAAAAAUCUGUUUAGUAUAAAUAUAAAGCCAGUGACAAACGAGUUCAUCAGUCUCUCCAUAGACUUGCGUUGAAGGGGAACUAAAACGCGUUUCCUAUUUUGGCCUAAUUCGGUUUCCGUAUCUAAGGGGCGGGGCCUCCCCUGCUGUUAUUUCCGGGUUUUUUUUUAUUUUGUAAACAACAUGCCGGACUCGUGUGGUGACCGAACAGAGAAAGAGCAGAAGCCUUCUCGGAAUAUUAUAACCACGGUAUCAAAGUUUGCGGAUGAAAAUCUUACUAUUAUCCGGAGCAUCAGCACAGGGCUUGCAGUAGCCGGUGUGAUUAUAAUAGCACGGAGCAUCAGGCUGGUAAAUAUGACCAAAUUCGUCUCCCCGUCUGAAAUCCCGGCCCGCUUCAUUGAGAAAAACGUCAGCAUUAGAGGAAAAGUCAGAAGUGUAACGGAGAGAGGGCUAGAAGUGGAACACAUCCCGAUACAUGUCCCCUUAUUGUCUCCUUUGCUGACGAAACGUCAGGUCGCGACCCCGCUGAGCGUGUGUUUGGCCGGGGUGGAUUUGACCCCAGAGGGCCAUGACUGGCUCGCUGCGACACUGAGGACAGACGAGACGGUGUGGCUACGACUGAUCAGCCGCCAGGACGAGAGCCUCCACUGCCUGGUGUCACUCAGCGGGGGUUUUCUCUUUAACACGUGUGUAAACGAGGAGAUCCUGCUCUUGGGUCUGGGCAGGACGGCGCCUAUCCACGGCCUCGACCCUCACUCGCGUCUCUACUGGAGACUCCAGGCACGGCUGCUGAAGUGUGAGCUCCGGGCCGAGAGGAAGGGCCAGGGCCUCUGGAAACAGGAGAGUCUGAGAGAAAAGCUCACACAAGCCAUCAGAAACAACAGCAUGAUCGCAGCCGUAAAGAGAAUCAUAAAGUGGGCGUCGAGGACGAAGGAUCGGUGAAGAACCGUCAUGGACACCUGAGAAAUACUUUGGAUAAUAAAUAUUUCGCUUGGUUUGGUGGUGCGAUUAAACCAGUUAUACGCAAAAUCA